CAGAAUUAUUGUGUCUUUCUGUCGCUCAAACAAAGUCUCUGCUGAAGAAUCGUUGUUUGUAGCAUCUCAACUAGGAAUUCGGUGAAAAGCAGAAAUUGCACCGCCACCCAUGGACUCAACUACGGAUAUGUGGAACUCCUCAGACCGAACGGUCUCCAUGCGAACGCUGGUUUAAUAAAGAAAAGACACAGCAAAGAAAAGCAAAAGAAAGGAAAUGUGACGGCGCUGCAGUGAAACUUUUUACAUGCUGUCAUGAACAUUGGCUGAAACAUGAGCUGGAAGGAGGGAAGGGAAGAAAAGCGUUGCGUGAUUUUCGGCGAAUCAGAAGCAGAAGGACGUGAAUAUAAGAGCGCCUGUUGAAUCAAACUCUUAGGUCUUUGAGGUGAAGAUCGAGAGAAACCGGUCGGCGGAUUUUGUUUCAUAUUCAAAAGCCAAAUUGUAUCCGCUGUUGAAGGAGAAUGAAGCGCAAGAACAACAGAGGGUACAAAGAGACGGUGUUUGAGAAGGAACACGUGAGCUUGGAUGACUUGAAAUACAAGUGUUUUGAAAACAAAUAUAUUAGGAAAAAUGUACCAUUGCUGUCAAUACCUGUGGAGUUCCAUGUUCCCAAAGUGACCCACGUUACAGACAGGAGAGGUCUUGAUGGAAUUAUUGAGAACGGAGGGUUCCAGGUACGAUGCAACGGAGAUCCUAGAGCUGGAAAAGGUUACGAUUUCCUCUGGUGGAGCCUCUUUAUUGGUGGGCAAGACAUUGCCAGGGCAGAGCGCCGGUUCCUGGAAGAGCGUUUCCCCAACAGGACACCUGCUCAGGCCAGCGAUCAAGAGCCGUUCCUGCACCGGUUGGCCACCUCGGUGGCCUUCCAGGAGGGCUCUCGCUUUGGGAAUUUCAAGUUCACCUUCCAGCUCUCUGAUCUGCUGCAUGAGUACAGCGAUCAGUUCUGUAACGGCAGGAAGCCCACUCUGAGGGUCUUUGAGACGGUGGUCUACAGACAGGAGAUCCUCUACUCUGUUGUGGUCCACCAUCCUCACGUCUAUUUAUUCGAUGAAUACCCACUUCUUGAAGAUAGCAGUGAUAGUAUAUGUGCUCUGAGAGGGUAUCACUUUAUCUGGCGCGCACAGGCAAUAAGUGAACCCUGCAAGUUCUUUGUGAUGGAAGAUGACCGUUACAACGUCGUGUCUAUUGAAGAAAUGCCCAGAGAAGAGUAUUAUGUGUGGCAGAACGUGGCUCUGGCGUUUCACCUCCCGGUGGGGGACACCCUCGUCUUCAGUCACAAGCAGCUGCUUCGCAAACUCAGCGCCUGCGUACAUCUGGUCCCAAAGUUGUCCCGUGGUCCCUGGAUGAAACUGAAAAACGCCAUAAAACUGGUUGAACGCUUGAAGAGCGAACAGUAGCAGAGGGUGAACACGGAAAAAGAGAUGUGACAAAAUCGACAUUAAUACCAAACAUCUCAUCUAUGUUUAUUAAUGCAACUUUUUCAGCUGGGUAAACAUUUUUUAUGUAAAGCAUCACUGCACGCAAAUUAAUUUUUUUACCAUAAUAACUGGCCGGUUCACCCUGAAUGAUCCAUGUCUUUCCGUUUUCCUUUUUUUAAGAAAUAAAUUGAAUUUGGUAGCCUCUCAGAAGUGUACUGUACUAGUGCACAGCAGCAAUAUUUGAUCACAUGUUUUUUCCAGCAUCUGCUUUAAUAUGUCAGAACAUUAAAUAUUUGGAGAGAAAGAUGUACUGUAAUGUUGUGUGGCAUUUGCUGUGCACAGUUUACAUUCUGAGGUACUGUAGUAAAGUAUGUUUGUUUAAAUUUAAUGUAAAAUUAUAUUUAAUUGGUUUAUAGUGAAUUAAGUUCGCAGCAGCAUUUCAUGCGGUUCUGGUCUUUCACACUUAAUUUUUGCUUUUAUUUCCGUAUGUUAUGGUGGCACAGUGAGUAGCGCUGGUGUCCCGGAGCUCCUUCGUGUUGUAUUCGGCUGCAGGUUCAAUCCUUCUUCAGUCCAUGUGGAGUUUGUAUGUUCAUCCUGUGUUUAUGUGGGUUUCCUCAGGUGCUCUGGUUUCCUCCCACACUCCGAAGACCUGUGUUUCACCU